GCGGCGGCGACCGGCGCGGCGGCGGCGAGGCCGGCGGCUCGUCGCCGUUGUCGGCCAUGCCUAUCGCUUCUUUUUCGCCACUAUCGCUCGUGCUUUGGCUCGUUUGGCUCGCGCGCGGCUUGCUCUAGAGCGAAGAGCAAGGGGCCAGGAAAGGCCUUGCGGCGCGGCUGCGGUGCAGCGAGGACUGCUAGGGGUGCUGCGCUGCAGCUGUAUCAGUACCCAGGAGACGCAGAUAAGGCCAGGGAUUGCUAUGCGGCGCAGGCCACCGGCAAAACCAGACGGCGCCCAAAC